AUGCCCGCAGAGCCACCGGGGAAGCCAAGCGCCUCGCCGCGGGCAGGAGCUCCUGCCAGUGCUCGCCGGACCCCAGACAAACCCCGGAGCGCGGUGGAGCACCGCAAGGUGAGGGCCAGCCGGGUGGGAUGCGACGUAGCGGGGGCGGACAGACGCGGGACUCAACUCCUACCCUCCCCGCAGUCCUCCAAGCCAGUCAUGGAGAAGCGGCGCCGAGCGCGCAUCAACGAAAGCCUCGCCCAGCUCAAGACACUCAUCCUGGACGCCCUCAGGAAAGAUAGCUCCCGCCAUUCAAAGUUGGAGAAGGCGGACAUCCUAGAGAUGACUGUGAGGCACCUGCAGGGCCUGCGGCGCGUGCAGGUGACAGCCGCGCUCAGCGCUGACCCCGCCGUCCUGGGCAAGUAUCGCGCCGGCUUCAACGAGUGUCUGGCAGAGGUGAGCCGCUUCCUGGACGGCUGCGAGGGUGUCCCCGCCGAUGUGCACUCCCGCCUACUUGGCCACCUAGCUUCCUGCCUUGGUCAGCUGGGGUCCUCGUGCCGCCCAGCUCCGCUUACCACCGCCGUAGAGGCUUCCGCGUCCGAGGUCUACACAAGUUGCCCGCUGCUGCCAGCGACCGACGGUCCCCUUUCUCUGUUGCGCCCCGCACCAGUGCCAGGUCUGACCAGGGCACCCCCUGCUGCCCCUAUAUCCGGGCCACAUAGCCGGGAUGCUCCCUGGAGGCCGUGGCUGCGGUGA